GUGUGUGUGUGUGUGUGUGUGUGUUAUGACAGACUAUCCAGUGAAGCCUUCAGCAGCCUGGUGUUGGUCUACUCAUCUCUGGUUCUGUUUGGUAUGAGGUCUGAGGACCUAGACAUCAAGGUCCUUAUGGUGUCAGAGGUGGCGGACAUGGCCCAGUGGGUUAGCCGGAUCUGCUUCCACAGCCUCAUGUCCAGCAAAAGGGAGCCAAGCGUCUACCUGGACUUGCACUGGCUGGCUGUCAUGCCUUCAGAGGAGGACUGCUCUUUGCUGCUGUUCCCGUGUGUGAACCCUCUGGUCAGUCAGCUGAUGCUGAGGAGGGCCCCUUCCCUGGCAUGGCUUCUGGGGGCCGAGCUCUCUGAGCUGGAACUGCUGCUCCCUGAAGUCCCUCACAAAGUACUCAAGCUUUUCAGCGACACCACGACCCUGUACCAGCUAGGAACGGAGCCAUCCUCUCCAGACAUACUCCCACACCACACUCAGACCAGCCUCAGGGAGCCCAGGAGACCCUGGACCUCUGGGGCUUAUAACACCCUCCCAUCCUCACCAAUAAAGCAACAAUCAGAACCCAGCACUGCCGACCCCGCCAUCCACUUCCUGUUCAGGGAAAAGCCAAUAGAAACCAGCUACAGUGAGCCAGAGCACAGCUUGGCUAUGCAGGACAUAAACGCAGUCUUCCAAGCCGAUCAGAGUGUCUUGUUUGGCGGGUCCACCUCUCUCCAGGGUGCAUGGGCCAGAAAAGAGCCAUGGCAAGAUGAGAAGGAAGUGGAGGAGGAGGUGCAGCCCCUUCAGAGUGAAGUGGACGACCUGAUCCAGAGGAUCCUAAGGAACUCUGUAACCUCACCCUAUCACCCACACACCACUGGAUCCUCACCCUACCACCCACACACCACUGGAUCCUCACCCUACCACUUUCACACAACUGGAUCCUCACUCUAUCACCCUCACACCAAUGGAUCCUCACCCUGCCACCCUCAAACCACUGGAUCCUCACCCUACCACCCUCAAACCACUGGAUCCUCACCCUACCACCAUCACACCACUGGAUCCUCACCCUGGUACUAUGUGCCAGGUGCGAGGGCCCCGGAAGAGACCCCGGCGUGGGGAAGCAGUGUCGACAGUAGUGGCGUUAGCAGGGGGGCCAUGGGCAUCUCCCCAGGCUAUGGCUCGCGUUGCUGGACGAUGGGACUGGAAAGGAAGAGGAGCGGGGUGGCAGCCGGCCUGGUGGACACAGUGCUGCCGCCAUUGAAGAGGGGAAGACUUGGCUUUGAGAAGGUGCCGGGCAGGUGUGAUGGGCAGACAAGACUAAGGUUCUUAAAAUAACAAUUAGACCUCAGUUUAUCCCACCAUAUACAAAAGAGACUGGGACCUUCUAACGCAGUUUAUCUUCAAUUAUCCCA